AUCUGGAAGUGUUGGGAGGUGGGGUAAGCAUUGUUGAAGUUUAGGGAGUCUUGAAUAACUGGUUCGAUUACAAUGAAAGGCCAGUUGUUAUUGUUCGAUAUCUUGGUAAUUAGAUCUAACGAUCACUAUACUAAUAUGCAUAUCCUAAAUUGAACUCAGAUUUGUUUUGUGUUUAUAUUAUCAAGGACUUACAUUAGUUUUUAUAUGCCCCACUUCGGUAUGUAUUCUUUCAUCCGAAUGCUCAGGUAUCCCUGAGCAAGUUAUCGAUAACUUACCGAUCGGUAAGUUUUUUGUAAUAAGUUUUAUGGGACGAUCAAAAUUUCGGGUGAUUAAACGCUUAUGAAACUAGGCCAGUCAUUAUGUAAAACGUAGAGCUAACUGCAGGGAAAACGCGGAGUUAUUUAACAAUUAGUGUUACUUCAGAUCACCUUUUUAAUCCAAGAUCAAGGAUUAUAUUGAGUACGAAAUAUUUAUAUUUUCUUGACUUUUCAGUUAGCCUACUAUGUCCUGUAAGCUAUUUUGUCUAUUCCGAGGGAAAAGUGUAUUGAGUUGAAGGUUUUCUGGCAUCCUGAGUACUACCAUGAAGUCUGGUGAAACUGUAAUUAAUGGACGACAUUUGGGCAACGCUAAAAAGUCCUUGAGAAUGUCCACGUACAUACUACGGCUAAAUCAGGAUUGUAAACCAGUAUGAGGUGUUAAGAUUAAUAUUUACAGUUGAUAGUUAGGGUUAGGAAUUAGAUUUCAAGUUUUAAUCACUUACUGACAUCAGCUAUAAUGCCAAAACUCUAUUUAACCAAAUGGAUGAACUUGCGCCAAAAUUCGAAACAUGUUGUCCUAAAUCUGGUUCGUCCAUAAAUUAUACUCUCGCCUGAAGUUUUAUAGUUUUUGAUAGAGCUACUUAAUUUUCGAACUAAUUCAUUCCUCAUUAAUAUCGUCACGGGAAUCACACAUAGCAGUUCUCUAAAUACGUGUCGGGAGUUUCCAGUUUACUUUGAAACAGUUUUGGCCUACACACUUUUCAUAUUUUAGAUCUUACCAGUGCCGUACAUGUUAGUAUUUUUUGUAAAAGUGCCUUUAGAGGCUCAUAGCGUCAUACUACUUGUAAAUUCAACAAAACAGUGGAGGUUCAUAGCAUUUUAGCUGUAUCUUACAUCAAGUCCUUAGUCGUUGUGAGUAUAAACUAAAUGCUGAGCUAAUCGCCAAUUUCGAAGUAACAUGUACUACUGCCUGUCAUUUAUUGAUUGCUUAAACGAUUAAAGGAACUUUUUGUUGUCUACCAAAUGAUAACUUCUUCAAUCACUGAGACAUCAAAAAUAUAACGUUCAGCCUUUGGUAGGUUUUCGUAUAGCCUAAAGGUACCUGGGGGAGUGUGAAGAGCAUUAUGUGAGGUUAUUUGGAAGAGAAAAGAGUAGUCGGCAACUCAGUAAGCACAUAGAAUGCACUUACAUUUAAUAACGAAGGCAAUAGACAACAAUAAAAAACAACACGAGGGUAAGAUUAAGACAAUCUGGUAGUCGAAGCUAAGAGUUGAUAGUUUACGGUUCCAAACACUUUACACAUAUUCUUAUCAAAUUAGUCAGACAGUCGAUAUAAACAAAAUCAUCUAAAUGUACGUUCGGAAUUAAUUAAAGCAAGAGGCAUGAUCUGUCAAGCGUUCUUGAGCAGUGUUAUUAUUCUGCUUAAAGUGGACAUUUUGGUCAGCUCAGGCCUUUGGAUAGAAUAUGAAACUUAUAUUUGUAAUUUGACUUGUGAUAGCUGAGUUCACCAUAAUUUCGGGUCCUCUGUUUAGAGUGAUCCUAUUUAUUCGUACUAGAUUAGUUUUAUUCGAGGAGCAACUUGUAGUCAUAAUUUCGUUAAAUUACAGUAUUAAUAACCUAAUAUGCAACCAGCUGUUGUCUUGUGAUAUCUGUUAUAUCACAGAUUACAUGUGUAAUAUAAACUGUUCAACGGCCUCAGUCAAAUCAACUUUCGAGUAAACUCAUUCCGAUACCUUAGUAGUCGAUUGACCCGUCAUGUUAUGAUGCAUGCUAAAUAAAUAUCCUGAAGUUUUCUACAUAUACAGUAGCUGGUUGGUUUUCAUUGCCUUAUUAAAAGUAAUAACAUUAAACAAUUUAACAGGUUCGCCAUUUUGUAGUCAGUAAAACAUGUGCAUAUAAUCAAACAUAAAUACAUUAAAAAUAUUUUAAAAAAAAACUACAAGUGGAUAAACCAGGCAAAUAAAGAUAAUUACAUGCUGAAUUCCAUUUACAUCGCACUAGAAAUGACGGAUGUAGUAGAAGCUCGAAGAUGUUUUGGAUGUCGUGUUAUUUUCGAGACAGAUGACGAAUUUUGGCAUCAUAUAUUAAAUGUGGAUUGUAGUAGCUCUAUAAGCUCACCGAGUUUGGGGAAAGAUGUAUCCUUACCUUGUUCAAGCCAAGACGAUAAUAGACCAUUGAAAAGUACACCGUCAGAUGAUUUAUGUUUUUGUAGUUUGUGUGACAAGUGGUUUGUAUCAAAGGCACAGUUCCUUGAACAUUUUUCUUCUGCAGAACAUGAGCAGAAAUCCAAAUCGGCUGCCAAAGUUCGUUUUAGUUCCGAUGUCAAUACAGGUAGCGAGAAUGUUCAGUCACACUUGUUUUGCGAUACUUGUCAAAUAAGUUUGUCGUCUGCUCAGGCCAAAGAGGCUCAUCUUGCUGGUAAGAAGCAUAAUAAGAUGUGUAAUCGUCAAUCGAGCUCCGUAAACACACAAGGGGAUUCGCAUGUUACUCUCAAAAAGGGGCACACAAACAAUCAAGAAGUUUUAGAAAGGUUGGUGGGAGAUUACGGUCAGUUAUCGUCAACGAGUUCUGACAACUCUCAUUCAUCUGAUAAAAAUACCAGUCAUGUCGUUCCUCAGUUUCGUACUGACGACGAGAACGAUAUUAUACGUUUACUGCGUCGACUCUGUUUGACCCAAAUACUAUCACUUUUAUUGAGUGUAAGUGAGGAUUCAUCGGUACACGUAGAAGGCAGUUGUAACAAGGUACAGUCGAAAUAUUCUUUGAAAGAGAAAGAUCUACUUGAAUUGACGAGAACAAUAUGUAAAGAAGAAUUACGCGCUAUACUCCCACAGUCUUUACAACACAUCAUUUCUCAGACAAAAAACGCAGGUGACUAA